AAAGCAGAGCACGAGCAGCAGCAGGUUUCAGGCUGGAGUUGCAUCCACAGCACCCGUUUGGUUGUCUGAACUCUGUAGCUCACACGCCCCUCUCCUAGACCCUUUUGCUCUAUAAAUUGAGGUGGAUGGCAUCACAAGCACCGUUUCCAUGCCACAAGCAAAGAUCGAGAACCCAUCUGAACUGAACAGAACACCCACCACAAUGGCACAGUCCAUGAAGUUUCUGAUUCUCCUCCCUGCUUUUCUCCUCCUCCUUGUUCCAGUGCAAGGGGCGCGGCCAACGGCGAGCCCGAAGAAGUGCGCGGCGUCGAGCGUGACGGUGGAGCAGGCCAACACGGGGGAGAAGGCCGGGUACGACCCGGUGUUCGAGGUGGCGGUGCGCAACACCUGCGGCUGCGCCGUCCGCGGCGUGUACCUCCGCUCUGAGGGCUUCGCGAGCUCCGUCGCCGUCGACCCGCGCCUGUUCCGCCGCGAGGGCCGCGACUACCUCGUCGGCGACGGGCGCCGGAUCGAGCCCGCGUCCGCCGUGCUCUUCCGCUACGCCUGGGACCGCGCGUUCCGGAUGACGGCCGCCGCCGUGCACGCUGACUGCUCCUGAGCGACAGCGCGCGAGCUGCUCCAUCGAUCGAUCGAUCUCCGUCCCGCCCGAGCAUCGAAGAGCCUUCACUGAGUGAAUUGCAGUAGCCAGUAGUACCUGUAACGAGAGUUUUUUUUUUUGGGUAUUUGGGAGAAACUCGUCGUCGUUGUCGUUACAGUGAACUCACUUUAUUAUACACAUGUUUACAGAAUUCGAAAAGAGAAAAAUUUUGUGCUUA